AUGCGGCAAAGGGAAGCAGAAGCCGUGGCACCAAUGGAAUCCUGCACCAACAGGUCCAACGCGGAGUUCCAAGAUUGGGCAGAUGGCCUUUUCUUUUCCUUGGACCGCGAGGGCAAGGAGCAGCUGUUAGACGCUGACGGACAGCAGGUGAUGAUGGAAUGGGAGAAACCCUACGUGGAGAAGUGUGUGGAUGAAUUGCAGAUUACCAGUGAAUGUGAUGUUCUGGAGAUUGGUUUUGGAUGCGGAUACAGCGCCAGCCGCAUUCAGCGCUUCCAGCCACGAUCCCACACCAUCAUUGAGUGCUCUGAAGUGGUGCUUGAACGUUUGAAGCAGUGGGCUGCCUCAAGGCCCAAUGUGCAUAUUGUCGCUGGCACUUGGCAACAGCGCUUACCCCACCUGGGCGUGUUUGACUGCAUAUUCUUUGAUGAUUAUGGCCAACCGGGCAUUUCAGACAGAGAGAUGCUUCUGAAUUGCCCCAAUGAGCAGUAUAAGGAGAUCUAUACUGAAUCUCCUACACAUUUUCACGCGUUCUUGGACAUCGCCUUGCAGUACCAUUCUCGUCGUGGCAGCCGGAUCUCUGGGUACUUGGUAAGCCCCAUUGUGGUGGACCGGGAUGAUGUGGAAAUCACCUAUGGGUCUUUUGACGUGCAUCCACCUGAGCAUUGCAACUACUACUUUCGCAAUGAGGCGGUGGUUCCCGUUUUUUUCCAAGACUGA